AUGGGGAGACAAAAUCGCUCUCGCCACCUAACACCUCCGCCUCCACCUCCUCUCCCCCCCGACCAAAAUCCCCCUCCUAAACCAUCCCAAAUCACGACCGAUCCACCACCGCAAAUCGUUGCUCCAGCCCCAUCGGAACCUUCGUCUCCACCGACGAGGACUCAAACUCCCCAAAUCUCUGAAAACCAGGACCCAAUAAUCGGUGCUGAGCCUGCCAUAGCUCCAUCAUCGGGUCUCUCAGUCACGGAGAAUCCAGGGUACACGGCUGAGAUCAACCAACUUCGAUAUCAGCUCCCGGUACCAGAAAUCUCCUUCGCUAAGGCUAGAGCAGCAAUUCCGAAACCUGCUUGGACUGACCUUUUUAAAGGUCUCUCAGGGAAGAUGAAGAAGAAGGUAAGGAGGAAGAAAGAAAAGAGGAAGGAUUUGGCGGCUUCUAAGGGAGUGGUGAUCAAGGAAGCAGGGGAAUCUGAAAAUCCAAAAUCAAAGUCUGAUAAAGAAGGACUCUCCGCCUCUGAUAAAGGAAAGGCUCUCGCAACUACGGCUGACAAGUACGUACUUUCGGACAAGGAGGGCACCUCAAACGACACGAGUGAUCUCUCAUCAUCCUCUUCGGAAGAUGAUCCUGUGGACAAAGAUCCCCCAGAAGAAUCUUCUUCCUCCGACGAUGAGUCUGCGGAUGACGAUAACCCGGUUGAAGAUGAUGCUCGGUUUAUGAAGGUUGUUUCAAAGAACCUACAGAAGAAACUUACAGCCUCUGCGGGGAAAAACCCCAAAAUCUACAAAAAAAGAUGA